AUGACCAACAAGAACAUCGCCAAUUACACGUCUGUGUUUCGCGUGCGUUUAGGCGAUGAUAAGGUGGCCAGCAGUAGCACCACUUCUGCAGCGAACAACAGCAGCAAUGACGUCAGCCAGCUCCCACGUCACCCAAGCAACAGCAACAACCCGCCCAUUCGCCGGUCGCAGCCCCGGGCCAAGUCGCGCCCUGUCGUGUCCUGCCAGCUCUGCCGCAGCCGCAAGCAAAAGUGCGACCGGCUGCUACCCUGCGGCACCUGCGUCCGGCGCGGCGAUGGAUCCCUCUGCCGGUACGGAAAUGAGGGCGGUGUCACGGGUGUGAAUGCAGGCUCCUCAUCUGCGGCGUCGUCCUCGGGAGUGAGCGUGGGUGGGAUUCCGAGCGUCGGAAGCGGUAUCUCCAGCAGUGGCUCUGGUCACAGCAGCGGUCACGGACGGCGACCUGCCUCGUCAGCAUCAUCAACUGCCCGUACCAGCGGAAGUGCCCCGACGGGUUCGGCAUUGGGCAUGCGCCAGGAAGCUCAGUUGCGGCUACUACGUCUCGAAGAGAUGGUGAACGGCCUGGUGACUCGGGCGCCAUCAUCAAGAAACCAGGGGGCGACGGCCAAAACACCGACACCAGCCUUUGGGGGCCCAAAUCCGGCAGGGACGGGUGGAAGGCAAGCCUCAGAGCAAGGCGACAAGAGUGGUCCCCCUUUCGAAUGGAUCAUGCCCAUUGGCCCCAAUGGCCCGUCUUCUGCCGUGGGGCCUGUAGCGAUGAUGCUUGGGGAGACUCCUUUUUCCGGGCCUACUAACUGGACCGCCAUUCUUGACAGCAUCCGGGACAUCCAAAACUACCUCGGCGUGGCGGCAUUGGGAGACGCGCCCGAAAACGAAGACGAACGGGAACCAGACAGCAGUGUCGACCACGACAUGGAUGACGAUAUUGAGGAAGCCCGUGAGGAAGGGGCUAGCCCAAGCCAUACGGAGACCAACCAAAUACCAAAUCAACAGCCAAACCCACCCAACAGCUUCAUCAGCAAGCCGACAAUGUACGGCGGCGUGACCGAUCCCAAGACGGCCCUCCUUCCCGCCUCUCUCGCAUCCCUGCCGGCCGUUUCCAGACGCUCAGCGGUUCCUGAGCCCGCCGAAACGGCCUUACCACUGGCCAAGAGCGUCUCCGUCGUCGAGUUACAAAACAACCUGCCGGCGUAUAGUUCGUUUCAGCUGGCGGAGCCAGACGGAAUAUUUGCUGCCAUCGCUGCAGCACCUGGUUUGGCUGCGUCCGACCAAUCCAAUCCUCCGGCGACGUCACGCCUGGCACUGAAUCCACCACUCCCAAAGCACCUGGCUGAUGCUAUUGCAUGCCUACCGCCCCGAUCUGACUGCGACCGCCUCCUGGCUGUCUAUUUUCAGUCCAACUACAUGACGGGGCCAUUCCUCCACACAGGCCAUUUCCAACGGAGUUACUUGCGCUUCUGGCGGACGGGCAGCCCUGCUGCAGCCAACCCAAUGUCACCGCUACUGUGGAUCAGCAUGCUGGCCUCGGUCUUGUGCAUGGGGGCCAUGAUAGAUGGUGGUCGCCAGAUGGCUCGGAUGGCCGACCGGGAGCCGGGUGCUUCGCAUGCGGACCAGCAGGGAGACGGCCAGGGUGCCAGUAGUGGGACUGGCACAGCAGCAGGGCAGAAAUCCUCCAAGAAGGCAGACCCGCCCGACUUCAGCAACGAAGAUCUCAUCCUGGCUACCGAGCUGCGGAAGCUCUCUACGCGCUGUCUCCUCGCAGGCGACUACCUCUCUGGCCGGCCACUCGCGGUCGAGGCCCUCGUUCUGAACGCGCAUGUCAGAUUGAUGCAAAAACGCGACUCCGACGCCGCACAGUGGGCAACAUUCGGUGUGGCGGUCAGACUGGCGCAGCGAAUGGGCUACCACCAGGUGGAUGCGCCUGGCGGAGGCGGGAGGCAACUUACACCGUUCGAAAAGGAGAUGCGGCGCCGCGUCUGGUUCUUUGUCGAGUCCUUUGACAUGCUCUUCAGCAUUCAGUUCAGCAUGCCCACUGUGGUUCACGAAGACGAGAUCGCUACGGAUCCGCCACGCAACCUCAAUGACGAUGACUUUGAUGAAAAUUCGGCAGAACUGCCGCCGUCGCGGCCGCCAUCGGACUAUACGACAGCCCUCUUCUUCAUCACCAAGCUCAAGCUUAUCCGGCUGCUGCGAAAAGUGAUGCAGGUCGCGGUCUGGCGCAACGCCAAAGCCAAGAUCGACGAGGCGUCGUCCUACCGAGACUCCGUGACGAGAAUCACCCAGGAGCUGCGCUGGAACUACUCCACGGUGCCUGUACGCCUCCGCAUGCCCAGACACAUCCGCGACUGUCCUUUUAACGACGCCAGCCACAACAUCAUGCACCGGCUAGGUGUCGAGCUCAUGCACCACAAAGCUGUGUGCAUUUUGUACCGCGAAGCGCUCAGUUCUGACCGCAUGGCCGACGGCGGCGUCGACAACAGGGGCUUUACGGCCCACGAGACGGAGAUGCAGCGACAUGCGUGUCUCGUCUCAGCGCUGCGCAUCCUAGACCUACAUACCGAGUUUGAAUACGAGACCCGACCGGAGUCGACGGCGGCCACACUUGCGCAGACAGAGGUCCAGCCCUCGCCCGGAUCGCCCGGAGCCAACCGUGGUGCGGGUCGGUUGGCUUCAGACCGGAAUAUGCUCAGCUCGCUAGCGCUGCAUGAUUUUCUGUUGGCAGCAACGAUUCUCUGUCUGGAUCUGAUUGAGGGCAGCCGCCAUGGCCACGGCAGUACAAGAAGCAACGACAACAGCGUGGCGGGCGAGGAUGGGACACCAAGCUCACGAGAUUCUACCGCCGCACACACCGCGCACGCUACUCCCGCAAGUAGUAAGAACCUAGACCUGCCGCCAUCGCUCGUGUUUGCGCCAUUCCUUGGUAGCUGCGGAUCGUCGCUCGAACAGCGCGCCCAAGAUCGGGGCGCCAAGAUGGAGGCGUUGCGUACGGCAUACGCACUGUGGCACGAGAGGCGGUUGACGUCACGCGAUGCCGCACAUGCAGCACGGGUUCUGGGCGCUAUCGUCACCAAACUAUCAACUAAACUGGGCGACUGCGACGCUGGCGAGAGAGAUUACGACGCAGCCGGCAACAAGACCCGUCCAUGGCCAGAUUCGGAUAGCCCUGGAUGGGGUCGCUGGGACAUGGAGGCCCGUGAGCAGCGGCACAAGGACUACGAAGAGGAACUCAAAAAGCAACGGGCGCAACGGGCCGAGCGCGCCGAAAGAAACAAGACAGCAGCCAUCGACGGGAGCGGGAGCCAGUCGGACACAGUACGAUCGAGCGAUGCGAGCUCAACACCGAACGAAGAGACCACGCCGGCAUCUCAGACGGCAGAAAGCGCGUCAAUUGGGACGCAGUCCCAGGCAAGGUCCCAAGCACAAACAUAUGAGGUGCCGCAACAGCAGCAACAGCAACCUCAAGCCUCCCAAACGCACCAUGCAUCGCCGUCAAAUCCCCCGCCGCCACCGCCGCACCUCAACUAUGCUUACGAGUGGGCCGACCCGGGACCAUUUGACGCAGUGCUCAACGAUCCAAUGAAUGUCGACUGGAAUAUGGUGGACUGGUUCCUGCUCGACCGACAGCUGGACAUGGAUGUGGGCAGCAACGUCUGGUCAGCGGAUCUGAUGGCUCUUGAGAAUUGA